UUUACAUCCACCAUGCCGUACAAUCUUAAAGGAAGAAAUGUCCUAAUCACAGGCAGUUCGAAAGGCCUGGGUGCAGUUCUCUGUCGACGAUUCGCUUCUGAGGGGUCUAAUAUUGCCAUCAACUAUAUGAGUAGUCGUAACAAGGCUGAACAACUGGCUGCGUCGAUCGAGAAAGAAUACUCUGUGAAGACAUGUAUCGUCCAUGGGGACGUUUGUACUCCCGCCGACAACGAGCGGAUAGUUAAAGACACCAUCGAAAAGCUAUCUGGUCUUGAUAUUGUUAUUGCAAAUGCUGGCUGGACACGAUUUGCUAAACCCGGAGAUAUCUAUGACAUGUCCCAUGAUGAAUGGCAAAAGUGUUGGAUGGCCAACGUCAUGUCUCAUGUCCAACUUAUGCAAACCGCAAGUCCAUAUAUGAAGCAAAAUCCCGAUGGGGGAGUCUAUCUCAUGACACUCUCCAUCGCUGCCGUUUUCCCCGGAGGAAGCAGCAUACCAUACUCGGUGACCAAGGCUGCGGCACUUCAUCUAGUGAAGCAUCUCGCAUGCUCCAUGGGAAGCAAGAUUCGGGUGAAUGCUAUUUUGCCAGGGCUGCUGUUGACUGAUUGGGGCAAUCGGUAUGGGACGGAUGCAAUUGCUAAGAUGAAGAAUGGUUCUAUCCUGAAGCAGGAGACACUUCUCGAGGAUUGCGCAGAGGCCUUUGUGAGCCUGUCAAAGAACACUUCAACUACCGGCGAACAUGUGCUAGUUGAUUCGGGCUUCCUUGUUGGGACGUCUACUGGGAGGGCAUCUCUGUAGAAAGACAGGUCCAUCUAGAAUGUAUUGAAGUUAUCCAAUAGAAAUAGAAUCAUUGAUACACUUUCACCUCAUAGUACAUAGUGG